AUGGCAGAAGAUCUGAUCAAGUUAGCCCAAACGAUUGCGUACGUCCUCAAAGCUAUGGAACAUGAGAACCCCGCUAAUGAACUAUUGAUUACUCAGGGUGCUUACUAUCAGCCCACCGAUUCAAGUCCAUUUACUGGAAAUGGCAUUAUCCAAGUCGUCAUGCGAAAGUACUAUGUAUCGACAGAUGCAGCGUACAAGCUAUUUGACCACGCGAGGAUGAUGGUGGAGAAGUCACUGCGAAACGAUGAUAUAGAUUCACAAGGUUCCGCAACCGCAGCUGACUGCUUUCAAGAGCCACAAGGAAUUGAGACAUCAGAAUGGCUCGACGACUUUGCCUCUAUGGGCUACGAAGUUGCAUCUGUGGGGUUGUUCUAUGCUUUAUGGAUACCAUUUGCAAAUCUCACACCAGACGAGUCUUUAGAUGGUUCGUUCUAA